AUGAGGGAGUGGGAGGAAAAGAGCUUCCCAAAGGAGGCAUGGCAGAGUCCCAGGAACAGACUCCGACUCACCAUCCUUGCGAUGUUGCAGCUUCCAGAAGUCUACAGUGCGGACCAGGGACCUGUGGGAUCUUGUUCACCUACCAGAGAAAUAAGUCUGAAGCAGACGGCCGUGGGAAUGAAGCCAGCAGUCUGCCAGGAUGCCUCAGCCACUGUCAAGACAUGUGUGCAGAGAAACUGGACGUAAGAGGGGAGGACUGAAAGGAUGUGCAAGCCACCGGGUUCAGCCAUCCAUUCAACCAACAUUUUUUGA